UGGAGCCGGUCUCCAGCCGGAGCCGAGAUCUGUACUGGGGUCUCUGCGGGGAGGAUCUUGGGCCAGUCUUGUUGCGGUGCUGCAGCCGCCGCCCCCAACAGCAGAGCUGGGACUCUGUCGCGCUGGUCGGGAUCCCAGGACAAGAGAACAGAUGCGUCCUUUGGUGGUCGACCGUACCCUGCCCUAGGGAGAAGUCCAGGAUAAUAGCUUUUGGGGCUAUAUUUCUCCCCCCUGGAAUGCAUCCAGUUCGUUCCAGAAAUAUUGACCCUCAGCUUCUGUGACACAUCCUCAAUGAAUGUCUGAUGGACAGACACUUUCCGUUGACCUUGCAGCAAUUUUCUUUCCCGUGGAGUUUGGAGGACAAGGUGAAUGGUGCCAGAAGUUGCCUGCUUCGGUGCAUAGGAGCGUUCCACUUGGUUCUCAGAACAUGGGCCCUCGUUUAAAGCUGCAGCUGUGAUCCUCGGCUGUCUGUCGGCAUUGAAGGGACCUGAUGUUUUACGUUAUUGGUGGAAUCACAGUGUCUGUGGUUGCAUUCUUCUUCACAAUUAAGUUCCUCUUUGAGCUUGCCGCACGCGUAGUCAGCUUCCUCCAGAAUGAGGACCGUGAGCGCAGAGGGGACCGGACUAUUUAUGACUACGUGCGGGGAAAUUACCUGGAUCCCCGGUCUUGCAAAGUCUCCUGGGAUUGGAAGGACCCCUAUGAGGUGGGCCACAGCAUGGCCUUCCGAGUGCAUUUAUUCUACAAGAACGGACAGCCUUUCCCGGCACAUCGGCCUGUGGGACUGAGAGUUCACAUCUCUCAUGUCGAGCUGGCCGUGGAAAUUCCAGUGACCCAGGAAGUCCUGCAGGAGCCCAGUUCCAACGUGGUCAAGGUGGCCUUCACUGUGCGCAGGGCGGGGCGUUAUGAGAUCUCGGUGAAGCUUGGUGGAUUAAACGUGGCCUACAGUCCCUACUAUAAGAUUUUUCAGCCUGGAAUGGUGGUUCCUUCCAAGACCAAAAUAGUGUGCCAUUUUUCUACUCUGGUGUUGACCUGUGGACAGCCACACACCCUUCAAAUAGUGCCCCGAGAUGAGUACGACAACCCUACCAACAAUUCCGCAUCCUUGAGAGACGAGCACAAUUACAGUGUGUCCAUUCAUGAGCUCGGUCCUCAAGAAGAAGAGAGCACUGGUGUCUCAUUUGAGAAGUCAGUGACCUCCAACAGGCAGACCUGCCAGGUGUCCUUGCGACUUACCCUGCAUUCUCGCGGCUGCUUCCAUGCCUGCAUUUCAUACCAAAAUCAGCCAAUCAAUAAUGGUGAAUUUGACAUUAUUGUCCUAAGUGAGAAUGAGAAGAAUAUUGUUGAACGCAAUGUGUCCACCUCAGGAGUGAGCAUUUACUUUGAGGCUUAUCUUUAUAAUGCUACCAACUGUACCGGCACACCCUGGCACCUUCCGCCCAUGCACACGAGCUCCUCCCAGCGCCGGCCUUCCACAGCCGUGGAGGAGGAAGAUGAGGACUCACCCUCUGAGUGCCAGACCCCCGAGAAGGUGAAGAAACCGAAGAAGGUGUACUGCUAUGUGUCACCAAAGCAAUUUUCAGUGAAGGAGUUCUACCUGAAAAUCAUUCCCUGGCGCCUUUAUACCUUCCGAGUGUGCCCAGGAACAAAAUUUUCGUACCUUGGCCCCGACCCUGUUCAUAAGCUCCUCACACUGGUGGUAGAUGAUGGCAUUCAACCACCUGUGGAGCUUAGCUGUAAGGAGAGGAACAUUCUAGCAGCCACUUUCAUCCGCUCCCUCCAUAAGAAUAUAGGAGGCUCUGAGACGUUUCAGGACAAGGUGAACUUCUUCCAGCGAGAGCUUCGGCAGGUACAUAUGAAAAGACCACAUUCCAAAGUCACCCUGAAGGUCAGCAGACACACCUUGCUGGAAUCGUCUCUGAAAGCCACUCGGAAUUUCUCCAUCUCAGAUUGGAGCAAGAACUUUGAAGUGGUUUUUCAAGAUGAAGAAGCUCUGGACUGGGGAGGGCCUCGCCGGGAAUGGUUUGAGCUAAUCUGCAAAGCACUGUUCGAUACCACCAAUCAGCUCUUCACGCGAUUCAGUGACAACAACCAAGCAUUAGUCCACCCCAACCCUAACCGCCCCGCUCAUCUGCGCUUGAAGAUGUACGAGUUUGCAGGGCGGCUGGUAGGCAAGUGUCUCUAUGAGUCCUCUCUAGGCGGAGCCUAUAAGCAACUGGUCCGAGCUCGCUUCACCCGCUCUUUCUUGGCCCAAAUCAUAGGACUACGUAUGCAUUAUAAGUAUUUUGAAACAGAUGACCCAGAAUUCUACAAAUCUAAGGUUUGCUUCAUCCUCAACAAUGACAUGAGUGAGAUGGAGCUGGUCUUUGCAGAAGAGAAAUAUAACAAAUCAGGCCAAUUGGAGAAGCUUGUAGAACUCAUGACAGGUGGAGCUCAAACCCCAGUCACGAAUGCAAAUAAAAUCUUCUAUUUAAAUUUAUUGGCCCAAUAUCGACUGGCCAGUCAAGUGAAAGAGGAGGUGGAACACUUCCUAAAAGGCCUGAAUGAGUUGGUCCCUGAAAACCUUUUGGCUAUAUUUGAUGAAAAUGAGCUCGAGCUGCUGAUGUGUGGGACUGGGGACAUCAGUGUGUCUGACUUCAAAGCCCAUGCAGUGGUUGUUGGCGGCUCGUGGCAUUUCCGAGAAAAGGUCAUGAGGUGGUUCUGGACCGUGGUGUCCAGUCUGACCCAGGAGGAGUUGGCUCGGCUGCUACAGUUCACAACGGGCUCCUCUCAGCUGCCACCCGGAGGUUUUGCCGCCCUCUGUCCCUCGUUCCAGAUUAUCGCCGCCCCCACCCACAGCACGCUCCCGACUGCACACACGUGUUUCAACCAGCUGUGCCUCCCCACGUAUGACUCGUAUGAAGAGGUUCACAGGAUGCUGCAGCUGGCCAUCAGCGAGGGCUGCGAGGGCUUUGGCAUGCUCUGACCACUCCCCUGCCACGUGCCCCCGGCCCCCGUGCUUCCUUGAGCACCUGGGUGCACGUAACACCGUGAGAACCACCGACCCCAACACCGCUCCGUCGGCCAGAAGCUGCUGCCUGCUACCCGGUGUCUGGAGUACUUGCUCACCUCCCACCGGGUCGCUGCCUCACCGCGCCCUCUG